AUUAACCACUCAACUGAUAAGGCAGAAAGGGAAAGAGAAAGAUACAGCGAGAGGGGAAGAAAAAGGAGAGAGAUAGAAGGAAAGAAACACAUGAGAUAGAGAAACAAACUCAUCAAAGAAGAAGUAAGGACAUUGACUCAGCAGUUGAAGUUAGAGAGGAAAGAAGAGGAAGUUCUGACAGUGUAUGAGUUUGUGCUGAGGCGUUCAUUGUGUUGUUUGUUAAAUGUACUCCAUGGAAGACGCACAGGUGGCCAGGACCAUAGAGUUGAAUGACGGCAACCAAAUGCCAGUGUUGGGUCUGGGGACAUGGAAGUCCUCCAGUCUUCCCCGCACCUCAGUCCAGGGCGCCGUAGAGACUGCAAUUGCUGCUGGUUACCGCCACAUAGACACAGCCUACAGCUACAACAAUGAGUUGGAUAUUGGCAAGGCUCUGCGCUCCAAGAUGGAGCAGGGCAUCAUCAGGCGUCAGGACAUGUUCAUUGUCAGUAAGCUGUGGUGUACCCAUCAUGCCUCAGAGGACAUCCCUGUAUGCCUAAAAAAAUCCCUGAAUGAUCUCCAGUUGGACUACCUGGAUCUUUACCUUGUGCAUUUCCCUGUUGGGCUAAAGAAAAUGGGUGAUGAGCUUUUCCCGAAAAAGGAUGGAAAGAUGUUGACCUCUGACAAAGACUAUAUAGAUGUAUGGAGGGGGAUGGAAGCACUGCAAGUUUCAGGGAAGGUGAAGAGCAUCGGUGUGUCCAACUUUAACAUCCUGCAGCUGGAGAGACUUCUUGCUCUGUGCAGGGUGCCCCCUGCUGUUAAUCAGGUGGAGCUACAUCCCUACCUGGUGCAGACAGAGAUGAUAGAGUUCUGCAAGUCCAAGAACAUUGCCCUGGUUGCCUACAGCCCCUUUGGCUCACCUGCACGACCUCCAGAGUUGAUCAGAGAAGACACUGAUCCAUAUAAACUCCUGGAGGACCCAGUCGUUGCAGAUAUAGCCAAAAAGCACAGACGCAGCUCUGCACAGGUAUUGCUGAGGUACCAUGUGCAGCAGGGUAUUGCAGUCAUUCCUAAGAGUGACAAGUCUCAUCACAUUCUUGAAAACACAAAGAUCUUCGACUUCAGUCUGGCUGAAGAGGACAUGACAGCACUGAGAGGACUGGACCGAGGGUGGAAGGCCUGCAGGCUUGACGAAAUCAAGUCUCAUCCAUACUACCCCUUUGUAUGAAACUGCCAGAAGAGUGAAUAUAAAAGAUGACAAAUUGGAUCUACUAAUACCAUAAACAUCAACAAGACUCAGACCAGCUACAUGUAGUCUACAUACAGUAUCACACACUGUAAUUCACCAGUGACCUGUUUACCUAAUAAUGAAGAAAUGUGAUGCUGAAGAUAAUUAUAUUUCCAAAUGUGAAUGUAUUGAAUAUAUCAGGGUAUAGAUAAGCUCUUUUCUACUCUGUUUAAAACUGAGAUGCUUGCUUUUUAUGUUUUCCUAUUGUGAAUAAAGUAAUUUAUGUUUCUGUUGACACAAGGACAAGUUAGGACAAGUUACACUUACAGGAAAUUUUAUUACAAUGUACAAUGCUGAGCAUAUUAUAAUUUCAUUAUAUACACCACAUACACUGUGUUUAGUUAGUUAUUGCUGGGUGGACCUUGAAAAAUGUAAGAAAUUCUCACUGAGAAUUUGCGCUUUGGUGUGUAACUUUGAGUAAACAAUGGUCUUCAGUUUAAAUCUGUCCUUAUAAAUAACAUUUUAAAUGAAUGUAGGUCUGUACCCCAGA